UAGCAAUCGUUGCUGAUUUUACCUUCUUUGACUGCGGCCUACUAGCGAGAGACUCUAUCUGCUCUAUUCUACCUUCUCUCCAAGUUCAAUUAUCCAUACUUGUUGACUAGGCCAACUGAUUAUCAGCCGUUGUUGUUAUCCGGAAGAUCAUCGGGCCGAGCGGAGUGUGCAGCCCUCCGCAUCGCAUUACGUUAACUGGCUUCAAUCAAUUGUCACUCACUCAUCCAGAAAAAGCAGUAUCUCCGAGUGUAGUGUUGGAUGGGGGUGUUGCGCUAUACAUUGGAACACUGAGGCGGUUCAACUAAUCUUCACGCGAAAAUGGAUGCGUUCGCCAUUACGGAAGCCAUCGUCCCUGAGACUAAUAGUGCUCAGGAUGGCCACGAUUCCGAAAAGGCCACCACCGGCAAGCUACCCGAGGGCGCAAACAAGUUCCAGCGGGCCAUCGCAGCUUGGAGAGGUAUCGAUCUAUCGAACACCGUCGCAAAGCUAGAUAGCACCGCCUCGGACAUCGUUGCGCAGCAACGCGACGCACUCGUGCAGCGGAAGGAUCUCGCCCAGAAGACCAAGGACUUUCGGAAGCUAGAUGAUGCAUCGAAACUAGCAGAAUACAAGGGACUGCUAAAGGCUUACCAAAGCUUUAUCGAUCUCUUAACGAAUCAGGGUAAAGCCUCCUCGUCCGCCUUCCUACAAUUAUACUCGUCUCUAUCCGAAGCACCGGAUCCAUACCCCCUUCUCGAAGCAUCAAUCGAUUCCCUGGUUCAUUCCGAAGAAACCGUCCCUAGAUUGACCUCCGAGCGGGACCAACUACAAGGCUCCGUCGAUCGUCUUACAACACAGGUUGACGACACGGAAAAGCGACUGGAGGAAGAACGAUCUGCCAGGAAGAAACUGGAGGAAAACCAAGAAUCGAAGAUCAAAGAGGUCGAGGAGUCCUGGUCAGCUGUGUUGUCGGAGAAGACUAAUAACUGGACCGCCAAGGAGAAGAGCUUGGAGGAAAAGGUGGAGCACCAGGAGCGCUUGGUCAAGGAACUCAAAGCGAGCUAUGAGGUGUCACAACGCCUAGGACAAGACGGCGACGAUACUGAUGGCGCCCAACAUGGAGCUAGUGCCGCCGAGCUGGAGCUUGUUUCGGCGGAAUUGGAGAAGACAAGUUUACGCCUAGCAGAAGUAGAGGCACGGAAUGAACAACUCAGGCUCGAGCUGGCUCAAGCCGUCUCUCAUUCCCAGGCAGGACAGGCAGCAUCGGUGGAGGAUGACCCUGCAUAUCUCCGCCUUCAGUCCGAGAAUUCUUCUCUCUUACGCAAACUUGAUGCUGCUCGGUUUGAUAGAGAAUCCGAAAGACAUUCCUGGGAGUCGAAGUACUCCCAGGCCGAGAGACAGAUCAAGAAUGUCACUGCCGAGAAGGAAGAACUGCGCUCGAAAUUGGAGAAGGUGGCCGACUACGAAGAUAUCCGUCGGGAAUUAGAGAUGAUCAAGUCUAUCGAGUUCUCGCCUGGGGAUGACGACGAAGCUGGCGAUCUUGCCGACGCCACGAGCCCUAUCAACGGUGCUGCAUCCAAGACAAAGGAGGGCUCCAAGAACAGCCUUGAGCAACUCCUGCUCGCUCGAAACAAGAAGCUUACUGAUGAGCUCACCAUCUUGCGCGUCUCGCACCGUGAUCUCCAGGGUCAGCUCGAAGCCUUACGCGACGAAUUGUCGACUACCAAAGAGGAGCUCGAAAAGUCGCAAAAACUGUCCACAACGCUUGAGAAUGACCUUCUCCGUGUACAAGAAGAGGCGGCAAACACAUUCCCGUCGUCAGCCAUGUCUGUUGCCGGGACAUACACCUCCAAAUACCCCCACUCAUCCAGAAGAGGGGGCGCGGUAUCACCUACAUCUUCUAUCAUUUCUGGCUUUGAUCAGUCAGCUGCAGCGGCCAAUACCAUGGACUCUAUCCGGGCAGGCGAGGCUGUCGGUGGAGGCUCUGGUCUCUUGCCCAUGAUCCAAGCCCAGCGUGAUCGCUUCAAGAAGAAGAACGCCGAGCUGGAGGAGGAGCUGUCCAAACUGUACGGCACGGUGAAGUCUCUCAGACAGGAAGUUGCCUCUCUGCAGAAGGACAACCUUAGUCUCUACGAGAAGACCCGAUACGUGUCGACAUACAACCGCGGCCCGGGUGGAUCAUCAUCCGCAUCUGCCUACGCGAACAAACCCAACACUUCCUCCGUCCACGCUUCUGCGGACACCCCGUCAGGGCUCUCUCUCGAUCGCUAUCAAUCCGCCUACGAAGCCCAGAUCUCACCGUUCGCAGCCUUCCGUGGCCGCGAGUCUGCGCGCGCAUACAAGCGCAUGUCCCUGCCCGAGCGCAUCGUGUUCUCUCUGACGCGUAUCAUCCUCGCGAACCGCACGAGCCGAAACCUCUUCGCUGGUUAUUGCGUCGCACUCCAUGUCCUGAUAUUUGUCAUGCUGUACAUGAUGAGUUCCAUGGAGAUCGAGAAGCACAGUGCCGCGAGUCUCGGUGCAGCCGCCGCGGCAGCAAUGGCCGGCGGAGGAGGUGGUGCUGGCGGCGGCGGGGCCGGUGCCGGAGGGAGGAGCUACGCAGGACAGCAGCUUCAUGGGGAUGACUGGCGACAGGAGGGCUUCAACCAAGCCGGUGUAAACUGACCGACACGUGGGUCGCCGUGCUGUAUCCUAUUUAGGCGUUCAUGGGCUCGAGUGACGGUCACGAUUGGAUUUCUUUUGUUUAAUGUGAAUACGCAAAGCCUAC